ACUGCCGCACGCACGCGCUAGUGCAGGCCGAGCUCACUCGCAUUCCAACGUGAGCGAGAUGUGAAGCUCAGCGAGGACUUUUCCCUUCAACGCUCUCCUAAAGUGUCUCCUGGGGCUUUUUUUUUUUUUUUUUUUGGGGGGGGACGACCAACAUGUCCAACUUGAAAGAGUCCAGCGCCUGCCCGGACGGCUACCGGGCUCUGAGCACCGGCGAGCUGCGGGAGCUUUUACAAAACGACGACAAAAUGGAGCAAAUCAUUCGCCUCGACGAGAAGUUUCAGGAACUUCAGGUGGACAGGGAGAUGCUUCUGGCGUCCAAUAGGAGCGUGGCUGAAGAGAGCCUGACUCGACGGCCCUGCCUUAAUAACGGCAAACUCCAAUUGGCGGAGAAAUACAAGCAACUUUCCAAGCUGGCGGCCACUUGUUAUGAAAAACACAGUCAACUUGGGACACGAGUCCAGAAGCACAGCCUGCAGACUGCACAGAACCUCCUGCAGGAAGAGGUGGCCCGUGCCGAAGAGCGAUCUGAGGAGCUGCUGGACAAGUUCAUGGAAGGGAACGUGAGCCUGGAUGAGUUCUUGGACUCCUUCCAGGGCUCCAGAAGGACUUAUCAUAUCCGGCGAGCACAAGCGGAGAAGAUGCAAGAGUUGAGCCGCGCCAAGAGGCAGGCGGGCAAAGGCGGCAAGGAGAAGGAGGAGACGGCGGCGAAGGUCCCGUCCGAGCGGCUCCUCCCGGACCCGCCGCGGCCCAACGGCCUGGUAGCGCAGGGACCUCUCCGGGUGUUCCAGGUGCGCUACGGACUCACGCCAGCCAUCCUUCUCCCACAUUACCCCGCGUCUCCGCCUAACCACCAAAGCAGGACUCCCCCGCCGGAGCCACACCAAGGACACGUGCUCGCCUCCGGCGGCGCCCCGGGGCACAGACAACCGGUCGGCCUCAGGGUCAUCGGGCAGCUGCCGGGGGGUUGGCCGGCUAACGGGCGACCCGUGCGGCUGCAGCAGCUCUACAGACCCAAUCCUCAACAGCCCGAACCGCCAUUUCGAUAGUACCACAAACACCCGCUUUGAAAGGUCUGGGAUCCUAAGAAAGACGGGGGUCCGCUUCUUUCAUGUUACAAAAGAGCGACAGCGGCGAAAAUGGCGUUCUAUACAAACCCUCGUUCAGGAGCGUCAGGCGACUGAACGAGACAAAAGACGUCUUAUUUAUUGUCGCACACGUGACCAUCGACUGAAAAACCUUUCAGCUUUUUUUUUUUUUUUUUUCAUAUUUAUUCCCGUACAUCCUGCUUUUUCGAUGGCCGUCUUCAAACAUGCUGAAGAAAGAGCUGCUUCUCCUUUCGAGGCAGAUGUUCUUGUUCCUUCCCUCCCCCUCAGAGCGCAGGAUUUAAAUCACCACGGGAGGAAGUCAGACUCGUUAGCGGCGCUUCUGCAGCUUUUGGGAUUAUAAUAAUCGUCCAAUUUAUUAUUUUUUAUUUUUAUUUUUGGAGGGGAGGGGGGUUUGUUUGUUUUUCUCACACAAGUCGACUGUGUUGACAAACUUCUUGAAAAAUGUCUUUUCAGAGGCCAGUGCUCACUUGAAUCAAUAAUGAUCAAGUUACACAUCUAAUUCAGGGGCCCCUUUGUGGCCCUCUACCUAAUUUCACAGUUAAGGGCAGUGCUUCCUUAAAAGUGGGGCGGGAGUGCGUGAGAAGGAAUAGCGUAAUAGUCUAUGGCUUGACACAUGCAGAUUAAACAUUUGCUUCGGGGGGGCAUAAAAAGAUUACGUCUCCUAGAAAAUUGUGAGCAAGUUCCAAACCUUAUUACAGUGCUUCUUAAAGGGGAACAUUAUCACCAGACCUAUGUAAGCUUCAAUAUAUAUCUUGAUGUUGCAUAAAAAAGUCCAUAUAUCUUUUUAACUGAUUUCCGAACUCUAAAUGGGUGAAUUUCGGCGAAUUAAACGCCUUUGUAUUAUUCGCACUCGGUUGUGACGUCACCUAGGUAGUCAAUCCGCCAUUUUCUCAAACACAUUACAAACACCAAGUCAAAUCAGCUCUGUUAUUUUCCAUUUUUUCGACUGUUUUCCGUACCUUGGAGACAUCAUGCCUCGUCGGUGUGUUGUCGGAGGGUGUAACAACACGAUCAGGGACGGAUUCAAGUUGACUUCCGUGGAGUGUGCAUCGAUUAGCACGGCAUGCUAAUCGAUGCUUACAUGCUAUUUAGGCUAGUUGUAUGUACAUUUGUACAUACAAAUUUAAUGCCACAAAUGUAAUGUACACCCACAUUUAAUGCCAAACAAACACUUACCAAUCGACAGAUUUAAGUUGCUCCAGUGUCACAAGACGCGAAAGUCCCGAUCGUUUGGUCUGCAUUUUACCGGCGAUGCUAAGGCAGACAUGGCACAGAGCUGUAUGGAUAUCCUGCGACACUCAAUCGUUGGUUAGAAGGCGAUCGCCGAAUAGCGUCAAUAGCUAUUCGCUCAAUAGCUUCAGUUUCUUCUUCAAUUUCGUUUUCGCUAUCCGCCUCCAUAUUCCAACCAUCCGUUUCAAUACAUGCGUAAUCUGUUGAAUCGCUUAAGGCGCUGAAAUCCGAGUAUGAAUCCGAGCUAAUGUCGCUAUAUCUUGCUGUGCUAUCCGCCAUGUUGUUUGUAUUGGCAUCACUGGAUGACGUCACAGGAAAAUGGACGGUGGCUUCACAGAUAGCGAAAAUCAGGCACUUUAAAGCCUUUUUUUGGGAUAUUCCAUGAUGGGUAAAAUUUUGAAAAAAACUUCAAAAAAUAAAAUAAGCCACUGGGAACUGAUUUUUAUUGGUUUUAACCCUUCUGAAAUUGUGAUAAUGUUCCCCUUUAAAUAAUGGUGCGGGCCCCUUUUUGGGGUGUCGUGAGGUGUUGGGGAAAAGGGGGGCGACAGAGGCAAUAGCAUAAUAGCAUCAUAGAACUAUCGUGGGCACACACAGAUAAAAAAAUUGACAGUAAUUUCUGGGGAGUGUGAAAAAAUGCUGUCACCUGGGGGCGGCUGCGUGACAAAUUAAUUGAGAACCACUGAUUUAGGGUAAUUGCGGCUAAUAGGUAUGUAUAUUUAUUCCACUAGAAUGAAGUACAACAGUGCAGACACAGAAAUGAUAGCACAACAAACCAAAAAAGCUACUUCCUUCAAACAAGCGAAACUCAACAGUGUCAAAAUAGACAUUAUUGACAUUCAAUUUGACAUUUCUAAUCACUUAAGCCAAGGGUGUCAAACACUUUUUAGCUCAGGGGCCGCACUGAGGAAAAUCUGUUCACACGCGGCCCGUACUAUCAAAAUCACGGCAUUAAGACUAAAAAUUAAAGACAACUUCAGAUGGUUUUCUUUGUCUUACUUUGGCCAAAAAAAUAGAACAAACAGAUAUUAAAAAUAUUACAAUAAAAAUAUGGAAAACAAUACAGUCAGCGGUAAAGUUUAGAUCCAUGAAGGAAAGAAGAAAGUAAAUGAAUGUUUAUAACUGAAUACAUCUACAUAAAAAUGUGUUUUCUUUUGUAUUAUUUUUCUUAAAUGAAUUAAUGUUAAUGACAACCUUUUUCCAAAACACAACAUAGAAUGUGAGUUAGAACAGGAUAAUGCAUACAUUUAUCAUUUGUUUUCAAAAUGGUUACAAAAAAGUGAGACCCCAAAAAUUGACUGUGGGAUCCCAUAUUUAUGACUUGAUGGGGUCCCUAGGACCCCGUUUUGAAAAUUCCUAGCGCCAUCACUGAUGGAGUUUUGGUGCGUGCAAAACAGCCCGCGGGCCGGUUCUAAUACUAAUCAAAUAUCCCGGUGGCCAUAGAUACUUCAUUUGUGGGCCGGAUUUGGCCCGCGGGUCUUUACUUUGACACCCCUGACUUAAGGCGUACUGUAAUUCAGGGUCACUAUAGCUGCUAAUUUAGACAUGUGGUUGUCAUGUGAAAACUUUGUGGGGCGCAGCCUCACCCAGACUCUACCUCUUGUGGCCCUCAGGUAAAUUAAGUUUGAGACCGCUGAUCUAAUUGCUUCCAAAGUAGGAUUAUUAUUUAUGAAUACAAUGUUUUCAUAGUUUACCACCUUCUAAAUACAGUUUUAACAUUAUUAAAUCCCUCCAGACAUGAAAUAUAGUCACCUUUUACACUUGUUUUACCCAGUAGAAUAGCCUUGAGUAGAGGUGGGAAUCUUUGGGCCCCUCACGAUUCGAUUACGAUUCAGGGACUACUAUUCGAUUACAAAUAGAUUAUUUAUACAACUUUUUUUAGUAUAGUUUAUAUUAGUUUGUAUUGGUAAAAUAUUGUACACUAUUCUUAUAUACUCUACGGCAUGUGAAAUGAAAUGGGAAAUCUGGGAUUUUAAACAUACAUUUUCGCGUCAAAAUAUCACUUCCGCGUUUUUUAAUGAAACACUUAAAAACGAUACAAUCCAAAUAAAAUUUGUUGAAGCUCUCCUCAGCCGCAGGCACUCAUUGUUUCUCUCGUUAGUUAGCUAACCAUCUAGUUACCUUACUUGUUGCCUCAGUUCGCAACAAAAUUGAUGGUCUACUUUGCUGUGUUUGUGUGUGUGUGUGUGUGUGUGUGUGUGUGUGUGUGUGCGUGUGUGCGUGUGUGCGU